AUGUACCACCACAACCCUCACUACUUCCCCAAGAACCCUCGUGCUCUCUACUUCGCCGCCCCCACCCGAUCCUCCAACUCCCCCCAAUCCACCAUCGCCGCCUACUUCAACACCGCCCGUGCCCAUCGUCUGAUUCCACGUGUCACUCGUCAAACUGCAAAAAGUGUCUACGACAAACACAAGACCAUUGUGAUCGGGUGUGCUGUGGUCCUGGCUUGUGUGGUGUUGUUCGGAAUGGUUCUCAAGAUUUGCUUCUUUUAUGGAGAUCGGAUUUGGAAUCAGAUAAAGGAGAAGGAGAUGGGGAUGGAGGGAUUGGUGGAGCCGUUGGUUCAGGAGUCUCAGGAGACAACGACGACGACACUGAAGGAGCUACGCGGAUAUCGUUGGGAUGAUGAUAAUUCAAGACCAUAA